GUCUGCAGCUCCGAGAGCCCUAGACUCUGCGAGCAGACCAAGCUGAGCUCAGCUCAGGCGGACUUUGAAGACUCGUUUGAUCGGAGCUUUUGAAGAAAAGAAGCGAGCCACAGGUGUGUCGGAUGAAAGGCCAGACGGUCCUGGCGCUGGUAUCGCAUAGCCAGGAGUAGGAGGUUUUUAGUGAUGGAGUGGCGGGAGCAGUCCGCCGUCAGCAGCGACGAGGCGUACCUGGAGGCGCAGAGAUGGAUCGAGGCAGUAACCAAGAAAAAAUUCGGGAACGCCGACUUCCGAUCAGCCCUGGAGAACGGAGUUCUGCUGUGUGAUCUGAUAAACAAGAUCAAGCCUGGCAUCAUCAGAAGGGUCAACAGACUCCCAACACCUAUCGCUGGACUGGACAACCUUAACGUCUUCCUCAAGGCCUGCGGGAAGCUCGGACUAAAGGAGGCGCAGCUCUUCCACCCCGGGGACCUUCAGGACUUGUCCACGAGAGUGACAGUCAAGCAUCAAGAGACAAACAGGAGGCUGAAAAAUGUUUUAAUCACCGUUUACUGGCUGGGUAGAAGAGCUCAGAGUGACCGUUUCUACGAUGGACCUUACCUAAAUUUCAAGGCAUUCGAGGGAUUAUUGGGCACGGCACUAUACAAGGCUCUGCAGGAAUCAAAAAGCCAGAAGGGCUCCAACGUUAGAGACAGCGGUUUUGGAGACAGCUGGUACUCGGAGCGAGAAGAGAUCUGCGAUCUGAGAGGUGGUGGAGGAGGAGGAAGUGGUGGACACCGGAGGGAAGACUCAUUGGACAGUUUGGACUCGUUGGGUUCAAGACCCCACAGCGUCUCAUCUGAAGCCACUCUUAAAGGCAGCAGCGAGGUUCUUCAUCCUGUCCUGCUUCCUGGUCCAGGUUGUUGCAGUGACACCGAGGCCGACUCCAUCUUCAGGAUGGCCGACAACAAGAACAGCCUCAGCUACCGCAGGUCGCUGGUCAUCCAACCUAAAGCCAGCGCCCAGUUCAACCAGUUUCUGCCCACCAAAGACAAGCAGUCGGGCUACGUGCCAGCUCCGCUGAGGAAGAAACGGGCCGAGCGCCACGAGGACAGCCGGCGCAGCUGGACCGGCUCCAGCUACGGCGAAGAUGAAGGCGUGCUCACCAGACAGCAGCCAACGCCAGAGAGUUCUGACGGGAGCAAAUCGACAAGCGACAUCGCGGCGGACCCCUCGGUCAGCCGGCAGAAUCGCUUGGAAGAGCUUCAGAAGUACCGCGAGCAGAUUAAAGAGAGUGAGGAUAAGUGGCAGGACGACCUGAGCAAAUGGAAAAGUCGGCGCCGGAGCGUGAAUUCUGAUAUAGUGAAGAAGAAGGAAGAACGGGAGAAGAUAGCGCAGAUCUUACACGGCAGCGACGGAAAGUCCAAGACCUUGAAGGAGAUGCAAGAGGAGAGACAAAGCAAAGGAAAGAACAGCAUCGGCAGCCGUCUGUCAUCUCUUUCGUUCUUGGACGACGACGAGGACGUGUUUGAGAAACCUGUGGUCCGUGCGCCUACCAGAGCACCUCCAGCCAGAAGCUACACCAUCGACACUCCUAUAUAUUCCUCAGAGCCCUCCAAGCCUCCUUUGAGAUCUGCGGAGCCCCCGGCCGCUUCCCCACCCACUCGCAGGUCACCUUCACCUCCCGCUGUGCAGGAAACAGUGGACGGUCCUGCAGUCACAAACUCCGGCGCCACCACCAACACUCCUGCCAGCCACGGCUCCCACUCUCAAGCAGCUCCAUCCCCGCAGGAGAGCCCAGCAGAGGAGAGCGCAGCUGUACCAAAGACAGAGGAGGCAACCAGGGACGCUGUCCCCCCUUCCUCCACCUCUACGCAGAAGGAGCCUCAGCCGAGGCCCUCAUUGUUGGGAGCACCGAAGGAGGUGGAGGCCCCCUCCGCUGAUUCACUGAGUAGACAACAACCACAGUUCAGCUCAAUGGAGCCCAGGCCUCCCGGGGUGUCUCGGGUUUCCGCCUCUCUGCCCAGGAGCUACCAGAGACCGGAUAGCGCGCGGCUAACCUCGUUUGUCGCUCCGAGGCCCUUUGGGGCCCAGCCGUCCCGCAUCUCCUCCCUUUCCAGAGUGCAUACGACGGACGACUCUCACAAGGGCGUCAACGGCAACGUCGAUGUUUCCAAGAAGGCGUCGGUCCCGAGCCGUUAUCACCAGUACAUGACCUCAGAGGACGAGGCUCAGUCCAGUUCCACACCGAGCAGCAAUGAGGAGGAGGAGGAGGAGGAGGAGGAAGAGGAGGAGAAUAGCACCGUGAAGGACCUCUCCUCAACUCAGAGCAUCAAGUCUGUCCCGCCUCUUGUCAAAACUGAAGCCCCAGUCAGUGCUGCUCCAGGCAAAGAGUCCAGCGAGGAGGCUUCCUGUGAGAUGCGAAUCAGCCUGAACCAGAAGCCCAACAGCAGCCGAGACUUUGGUUUUCAGGCUGCCUGGGACUCGACGGGAGCUCAGGUCAAAUCCGUCCAACCAGGGAGCUCGGCUGAGAUGUGCCAGCUGCAGGUCGGGGACGAAGUGCUGACGGUGAACGGGCUUCCGGUGGCACAGAUGAGCUACGGGCAGUGGAAGUCCAGCCUGGAGGAGGCCCUGCAGAAGGGCAGCCUGGUCAUGGAUGUGCGCCGUCACGGCCAGAACAACUGGGACAGAGAUCAACCUUCCCUGCCAUAUAAAAGCCAUAAGACCAUCAAUCUGACCAGUACGGAUCAUCCGAUACUUCUAGGUUCCCCCGAGACAAAGAGCGUCAACUCCAGCCUGGACUUCACUCAUCAAUCAGUCACAGAAACGGUGACGGCUAAAGAACCUCCCACUCUUCCUCUUGUGGACGUGGCUUCAAACAGAGUUAAUGGCGACUCCAGAGAGGAACCAGUGACCAUGAGGAACAAAGAGUCAGAACCAAUAUCUUUGAAAAACUUAAAACGGAGGUCAGAGUUUUUUGAACAAGGUGGCUCAGGGCCUAGAGUCAGUGCGCUGGUCUUCCUCUGUGGAGGAUCAGAGGCUGCCAUGCCAGAUAUCCCUGUUCCAGCAAUCACUCCCACAUCCUCCAGCCGCUGGUCAUGGGACCCAGAAGAAGAGCGCAAGAGACAAGAGAAAUGGCAGAAGGAGCAAGAGCGCCUCCUUCAGGUAAAAUACAAGCGUGACCAGGAGAAGCUGCAGGAGGAGUGGUUUAAGGCUCAGCAGGACAUUACCACAAGCGUGGGCUACCAGCAGCAGCCGGGGAGUCUCCAGGUGAACCACAGCGUCGGCCCACGCUCGCCCCCGUCUUCUGUCCAGCAGCCCACACCUGCUCUGUGGGAAGAGGAGGAGAGGCAGAGGAAGGUGGAGCAGGAGCGCCAGCGGCAGGCGGAGGAGAGGAGGAGGAGGGAGGAGGAGGAGCGGGAGCUGCUGCGGCUCCAGGAGGAGAGGAAGAGGAGAGAAAUGCAGCAGGAGGAGGAGGAGAGGAAGAGAAGGGAAGAGAAAAGGGAGGAGGAGCUGAGAAUGCAAAGAAUGAGAGAGGAGGAGCAACGGAGGAGAGAGGAGGAAAGGAGGAGAGAGGAGGAAAGGAGGCAGCAGGAGGCGGCGGAGCAGCAGCGUAGGCAGAAAGCCUUUGAGCAGCAGAGAUGGGCUGCUGUCUCCCACGACUUUGACAGCGCUGCUCAGCCUCCACUGUCCUUUACCGACAGGGCUAAGUCUCAGUCGUCCCCCCAGCUUGAUGAGGAUGACAAGCCUCAGAGGACAGUGACGGGAAGCGCACCUCUUGACAAGAAGAGUCCGCAGUCUCUGUCGCAGGCCGAGCUGGAUCGGCAGCAGAUCCUGAACGAGAUGAAGAAGAAGACGGCGCUCCUGACGGACAGCAGCUGGAUCCGCCAGCGCUCCGCCAACACGGCCGUCAACAAGGAGGGCGACGUGCCGCCUAUGCGCAGAGGGGAAUCUCUUGACAACUUGGACACUUCCUACAACACCCGGCGCUCAUCGUGGACUCCCAGGAGCAACUCAUUUGCUCCAAACUACUCUCGGCCUUACUCUGGCUACUCGGGCAGCUCCUCUUUGUACUCCGGGAUCUCGGGGGCCCGCCGGCCCGUCUCCUCGACUCUACCCUCCUCCUACUCUGCGGGCUCCCUCCGAGGUGGGGCAGGAACCCACACGGCCCCUUGGUCCCGCGCGUCCCCUUCUCCUCCUGCUCCGUCGCAAACCACCUCUCCAGACCUCCCGUCUGAGGCCUACCAGCAGCGGAACAGGUCAGUGAGUGGCAGGAAGACCUGCACGUUCUGCGACCUGGCGCUGGGAAAGGGAGCGGCCAUGAUCAUCGAGUCCCUCGGGCUCUGUUUUCAUUUGAGCUGCUUUAAGUGCAUCGACUGUAAGUCCGACCUUGGAGGAUCCGAGGCCGGGGCCGAAGUCAGAAUACGGAGCAAACAGCUCUACUGUAACUCCUGCUACAUGCGAUUCAAAACUGCCCAGCCAACAUCUAUGUGAUGCAGGCGUGCUCCAGCAGAUCGACGAGGAGACUACAUGUGACAACAACCCAUGAACUUUAUGGUGAACGCUGGAAGCCAUUUGCAAUAAUAAGCCGGACCACCGGCGUCCAUAAUUGUACCCAUUUGUCAUUAAGUGGCGCGAGUGAGAAGAUUUCAUAGAAGUUAUCUACCUUAAUCAUCAUAUUGUAUUACACACUUUUACUGUACAAAUGUUCAAGGAUUCUGCCGUCUAUCAGUCUUUUCCUCUCUAUAUUCUGGCCAUAAAUGCAUCUCUGCUGAGGAGGAGCUUGCUUUUCAACUCCAUUUAGACAGAUUUUGUUAAACGUGGUGAGAGAAACCUGCUGGAUCAUGCUUCUUUUUUUCAUGCUAUUCUCGUGGUAUUAAUUUGUCUGUUAGGAAGACAAACAAAAAAGGAAUGCUUUUCAUGUGUAUGUGACAUGGUAUUUGUAAGUGAGAAGUAAAAUAAGAUUAUAAGGAUUCUCUCACGCGACAUGUUUAAAGAUAAGGUCUGCUUUGACAGCACUUUUUAUGUUAGGACUUCACAUCAUUCUGAACUGAAUUAAGGCAAAGUGUAACUCUGUAAAUAAAUGACUAAAUGCUCACCUCG